AUGUUGAGGAUAGCAUCGGCAUGCGUCGCUCUGCAAAAAAUCAAGGUUGAUGGUGCAUGCGAUAUUCCAUGUGAGGAAUCUGACUUGAGAUUGGAUAUGCGAAUUGCCACCGCAGCAGGUCUGUCUGAGCUACCNAAAAGCAUACGAAGCCUCGAACUCUCCUGGAGUUCGCCGGGCAGCUACGAAAUUCCCGAGGUGAGGUCUUUGAACGAGAGUACUGAGCAAGAUUUGUUAUGUAUUGCCUUGCACAAAGUCUCUUUGCAGCUACAAGACUUGGUUAUCUUCGACAUGGCAGUUUUUCCCGAGCUCUUCUGCCCAGAUGGCUUACCAGGAUCAGCUGAAGUGUAUUGGCCCAAUCUCGAAACCCUCGACUUGGACCAAAUCGAUGACGUCUCGCCUUCUGGUGCCCUAUCCCGGUAUGGCGAUGGCUCGUCCUCAGAGGAAGUGCUGAUAAAACACUACAUCGAUGACCUCUAUACAAGUCUCGGCUACGCUACUCAGAGAAUGCCGAGACUGAAGAAUGCUAAGGUGGAGUUAAGGAGCAUAGACCACGAGCUCAAGGUGCUUUUCCGAAAUGGUCAAUGGAUCUUGCGUGUACGUGUAAACAAGCACUAUACCCCAUCGUCGCGGUUCUUGGAGGCUUGGAGAGUGCCUGGAGGGUGUUUGCAACCUUGCAAGGGCCGUGGCUGGCAGCAAGCCUCAUACACAACAUGGCCACCACAGUAA